AAGCUAGCGAAAGACCAACAAGAAUUUCAAAAUUCAAUAGAUACAUCAUUAUUUUCAAACAAAUGUUUCAUGAUCCAGUUCUGUUAUCAAAAUCCAUCACCACCACAAAUGUUUACAAUUAAUGAACCAACUCCACGAGAAGACCAACGUCCAGAUUUCUCCUCCCCUCUAACGAACAUGCUAUCACAAACGUCAACAAUUGAACAAACCUCCCUUUCCUGGGAAGGUCAACGUCAAGAUUCAUUCCACCCUCGAACAAAAAUGUCAUCACCGGUGUCAACGGUUGAUGAGUCAACCCCUCAUUCUCAAGAAGGACGACAUUCAGAUUCGUCCUCACUCCUAACUAAUGCGCUGUCGCAAACAUCAACAAUCGAUGGAUCAGACCCUCUUUCUUGGGGCGAUCAAUGUCCUUUAACGAACAUGCCUUUUUCUCGGGAAGAUCAACGUCCAGAUUCACCCUCCCCUCCAUCAAAUAUGCCAUCACAAAAAUCAAUAGUUAAUGAAUCAACAUCUUUUUCCGAGAAACAUUCACAUCCUACUCAAAACUCUGACAUUAAACGUAUGUUGGCACUUAUUGGACAAUUUUUUAAUUAA